GAAUUGGAAAUCAAUCGGGCGGGAAAAGCAGCGAGAGAGAGAGAGAGAGAGAGAUGAAAGGCCGACGUCAGACGAAGCCCGCGACGGACCGGCCCUCCGUAGUAGAUACCCACAGGUUCUCUUCCCGCGACUCCGACGCCAGCUUCUGUAGCAGCCGUCCAUCCUCCAUCGGCACAGCGGGUGCCAUCCCAACCGACCGCGCCUCGCAAGCCUCUGCCCUCCGCACCAUCAACUCCUACCUCUCCUCCCUCUCCAACCCCAUCCAUCUCCGCCCUCCUCUCCCCUCCGCCAAAGACAUCAUCCAAACCCUCCAUCUCCUCCUCGCCCGCCUCGAUUGGUCCACCACAUCGGAUCCCACAAAGCUCGAAGACGACCUCCCCGUCCUCUUAACUCAACUCCGUUGCCCCGUCAAUCUCAAGAAAUCCGCCCUCAAAGCCCCCAGCACCCCCCACGCAUGGCCCACCAUCCUCGCCUCCAUCCAUUGGCUGGUCCAGAUCGCUCGAUACAGGGACCACCUUGCAUCCAAUCCGUCCCCCUUCUACUCCCUGACCAACGAUCUCGCUCUCUACAUUGUCGAGAGCUACUCGCACUUCAUCCGUGGCGACGAUGACACCGCCGCCGCGCUCGACUGCGACUUCAUGCAGAAGCUCGAGCAACAGGUGGGCGCUGCGGAUGACGCCGUUAAAACCUUAGAAAAGGAGGCCGAGGAACUCGAAUUGAAGCUGCAGGCAAUCCGGUCGGCUCCUUCAGCCAGGGAGUUGCUGGAGAAGGAGAAGGCGGAUCUUCUCAAGGAUUCGGAGAAAUUCCAUGCUGUCAUUGAGAGUUAUGAGAGUAAGGUUGUGGCAUUGGAGAAGGGGUUGGAGGAGAGGCAGAAGGAAUUGGAUGUGAAAGUGGAGGAGAAUCAGCGGGUUUGUACUGAGAACGAGGGGCUGAGGAAACAGAUUGAUUCACAGGCAGUUAAUGUGAGAGAUGUGGAGAGGAUGAAGCGGGAACUGCAGGCAGUGGAGCAGGAUAUCGCUGAUGCGGAGGCCGGAAGGAACGGGUGGGAGGAAAAGAUGUGGGAACUUGAGGCGACGGUGGGGAAGAAGAUGAAGGAGUUGGAGGGGCUUGCUAGCGAAUGCAAUCAGGCCAUCAGGCGGCUAAAGCUUGGAAAUGAUUUCCAAUAUGUGCUGAAUGCAAAGGGAACAUCACCAGCUGAGGUAUUGGGGAUUGGCCAUAAAUCAACACUUAAACCUGCACUUACUGCUUUGGCUGAUGAUAUCAAGAAAAGUUCUGUGGUGAAACUGGAGGAGUUCAUUUCUCUUCAACAACAAUCACGGGAAAAUUCUACAAAACUAGAGGAAAAGAAAAACCGGCUUGUUGCUCUUCAGACCAAGAUUGAAGAGGUUGAAGCACAAUUGAGCUUGUUGAAGAAAGAAAUGCAAGAUCACAUGGCCAGAUGUGCGGCUGAAGCCAAUAGAUUACACGAUGAUGUUGCAAGAAGAACACAUAACUUGGAUAUCAUGGAAGGAGAAGCAGAAGUUUUUCUGAAGCAUUGUAAACAAAACUUGCAGGAUGUGAUCCAACAAAAUGAUGAUGAAACCCAGAUGUGUGCGUGUGAGCUCCUGGCACUUAUAGAUGCUGUCUCAAAAUACAAAGAGUGCAUGGAGUCGACAAUCUCAGGAAUGAAGAUGGAUCUCUCUGAAACUGCAGGAGCAGUCGCAGAGGCCUACAAGGCCUCUUUGUCAGCAAAGAUGAGACUUGAAUGCGUUGGCAACCAACCAGCAAACUGACUAUGUUACGUCUGCUCCAAAUGCUAUGCAUCUUAUUUGCUCUCUUGCUCCAAUGAGUUGGUCUGUUCCUCACCAUCAUUUGCAGGGAAAGAAAAGCCUGCAAGGGCCUGGUUGUCUGCACAAUGAAUGCUUUACGCUGUAAAGUAUUAUAUGCAUUCCGUAUAGUAGAUCUUAUCAUAUAAGCGUUUUAUCAUGUUUUCUGCUUAGGGCCCGUUUGUUCACCAAUUACCCUGGUAAUUUAAAGAGUGUCUUCGUUAUGAAUUUACUACUGCCCAACCAAACAAAAGAAUUGUCGGUCAAAUACAUAUGUAUUUAGGAGACAUGUAAAAGAACUUGUAAUCAUUACACUUUUUCAUAGCAUUACCUUGAAAGUAUUGAAGCCGAACUAAUGUCUCGGUGUAUUUUGGUGAUGAUUUGACAUUAAUGUAAAAAUGCCUUCACUAUGAUUUUACUACAGUUAGACCAAACUUGGAA